AGACCCAUGUUGUCGUCCAUCCCUCCUUCUGGUAGAAGUUGCUCUCUUCAGACCCACGACGUACGACCCGACCCCAGGUCAACAAAGCAAUUUUUGGUGGAGCUUUAGGUCGAAACCAGUACUCCACUGCUCCCUAAGGUAAAAUUGUGUCUGAAUCUUCAAGUUCUUCAUCCGCGAUGUCAUCUCGUGAAGUAGACCAAGGUCUAGAAAAGUUUCCAAUGAAAUCAUCCUCUCCACUAACAAAAGUCAUAGAAGAAGCCACUGAAAAGUCUCCAAUGAUAUCACCAUCUCCCCCAACACUAGCAGUAGAAGAACCAAAUGUAAAAUCAUCUUCUCCUCCAAUACAAGUAGUAGAAGAAACAACUAAAAAAGCUCAUUUGAUUGGUGUGCAGGGUUGGAUUUAUGAAGCACUACAUUUACUUGGCAAAUUAUUUGCAAAUCGAAAAGAAAAAAAAUCGACUCCUCAUUGCUUACAUUGGGAAGCAAAAGAGCCCGAAUAUAAAGAGAUUACUCGAGCAUUGAUGCUUGCCAAUGGCACCAUUGACUUACACAAUAUCCUUCAUGCAUCAAAUUUUGAGAAGUGUCAACCAUACUUUAAGCAGUUUGAGUUUUUGAAUGAUAAAUGUGAUGACUUGAUUGAACAUUUUGUUAAAAAGCUAAAGGAAUGCAAUUCUGUUUUGAGUGGAUAUAAGAAGGAAGAAGUUGAGUUAGAAAGGGAAGAACACAAGAUUGAUGUUUCAGAUGAUCCACAUGAAAAAGAAGGUCGCCUUCAGCUUCAAAUGUUAAUCCAAAUCAGAAUUCAAGCAAUGUGAUAAAGUUAUGGGUUGAGAAUUUUUUUAAGGAUUUCGAGAGUAAAAUGGCCUCUCGUUUUGAUGAGUUGAUGACGUGACAAGAUGAAAUGGCCUCCAAAUUGGACUUGGUGUUGUCGAUGAUGGUUCAUUGUUCUGGUGUUAAAUCUAAUGAACCUGAGUUUGAGUUGGAGGGUAAACAUAGUGACAUAAAAGUUGUCGAUAUUGAGUGUGGAGAGGCUAUAGCUAUGCCACUCCACCCACUUUUAAUGAUGAUGAUGUUGUUUGUAAUAAUAAAAAUGAAGUUGAGGUUACAUCUCCUCAUUAUAGGUCAGUGAGAAAAAGGAAACGUGCUUCUGCCUUAAUGACACCACAUACAGACCCAACAAAGAGGAGAAAAUUUAGAAAAGGUAAUGGGUGCAAAUUUCACUUGUUUCGCAAGAUUGACAUGCACAAGGAAGAUGCAUUUAUGAAAUGAUUGUUAGCUUAAAUGAAAUAUAGG